UCGUCUCCCUCUCGCGUUCCCUUUUUUUUUUUCGAACAACUCUCGCGUUCCCGUCGAUAAGCGAUUGAUCGCCGCCGCGCGCCCUAGGGCACAACCGCAUGAGGGCCGUCAGCGCCUCUCGGAAGCUUCGUCAAGAACUCGACGACGGUGACCUGCGCCGGCUGCCGCGCGCAUGCCGAGGCGGAUCAGCCGAUUUGCCGGUCUUCUCCGACCUCACGGUCCAUACGGCUCAGACCUAACCUCACGAUCGAUACAGAAUUCUUCGCAGGAACUCCCUAAGAAUACUUCACAAGUAGAGUACUACAUCAAGAGUGUCAAAUGGAAGCUACAGACGAGGAGAGGCCACUGCUGAACCACCAUUGCCGGCCUCCACAGCCGCAGGACGAAUGUUCAAGGUACACGAGUGAUGGAACAGUUGAUUUCUACAGACAGCCUGCUCUCAAGCAGAGCACUGGUAACUGGAGAGCAUGUUUCUUCAUUCUAGGUGCCGAAUUCAGCGAAUGCUUGUGUUUCUCUGCCGUCGCCAAGAACUUGGUUACCUACCUCACGACGGUGCUCCAUGAGAGCAACGUCGACGCUGCGAGGAAUGUGUCCACCUGGGUCGGCAGCUGCUUCCUCACUCCGGUCAUCGGAGCCUUCUUGGCCGACUCUUACUGGGGAAGAUACUCCACAAUUGCAGUUUUCCUGUCGGUUUACAUCGUUGGGAUGCUCAUCAUGACAUCAUCGGCGGCGCUUCCGUUUCUCCUUCCUCGUUCCUCCGACGAGAGUGGUGGUGUCCAACCUGGUGCCGUCUACUUGGGGCUCUACCUUGUCGCCCUCGGCACAGGAGGAAUCAAGCCCUGUGCCGCGGCCUUGGGCGCCAAUCAGUUCGACGGCGCCGACCCAAAGGAGCGGGUGGCCAAGGGCUCCUUCUUCAACUGGUACUACUUCUCGACCAACAUUGGCUCGCUGCUGGCGGCGACGUUGCUCGUAUGGGUGCAGGACAACAUCGGGUGGACCGUCGGGUUCGCGAUCCCGACGGUCAUAGGAUUCGGCCUAGCCGUGUUCGUCGCCGGGGGGAGGAUUUACAGGUACAAGCCACUAGGAGGGGGAGGUAGCCCGCUGGCCAGGGUCUUCCAGGUGGUUGUGGCAGCCACGAGGAAUUGCCGUCUCGAGCUGCCCGAUGAUUCCUCGGCCCUGCACGAAAAUGAUAGAGGUGAGCAUACAAGUCAAUUUAGGUUCUUUGACAAGGCUGCGAUCGUGCUGCCGUCGUCGGAGAAGAAGGGCCCGUGGCGGCUCUGCACAGUGUCGCAGGUCGAGGAGCUGAAGAUGCUGCUGCGGAUGUCCCCCGUCUGGGCGUUGCUGCUCAUCUUCUUCGCAGUCACCGCGCAGAUGUCCUCGACGAUGAUCGAGCAGGGCAUGGCUAUGGACAAGCGCGUCGGCACCUUUGUUGUGCCGCCUGCGUCCCUGUCUACCUUCGACGUCAUCAGCGUCCUCGUCUGGGUUCCUAUUUAUGACUCUGUCCUUGUGCCGCUCGCGCGGCGUGUCACCGGCGAGGACAGGGGCUUCACGCAGCUCCAGCGCAUUGGUGUCGGCCUAGCACUCUCUGCGGCCGGCAUGGCGUACGCUGCGUUGAUUGAGACGAGGCGGCUGGCGGCACCGGCGACCUCGAUGAGCAUCAUGUGGCAGGCGCCGUGCUACUUCGUGCUGGGCGCGGCCGAGGUGUUCACCAGCAUCGGCAUGCUCGAGUUCUUCUACGACCAGUCCCCUGUGUCCAUGAAGAGCCUCGGCGCGGCGCUCGCGCUGCUCGCCAUCGCUGGCGGUAACUACCUCAACUCUGUCCUACUGGGCGCUGUCGCGUCGACCACCGGGUGGAUCGCGGACAAUCUCGACCAAGGCCACCUUGACUACUUCUUCUGGUUCAUGGCUGCUCUCAGCGCGCUCAACCUGUUGCAGUUCGUCUACUGCUCGACCAGAUACAAAAGCAUAGAUCAGCAUUAGUACAGUACUACCUCUCUUCAUUUUUAUAAGAUGUUUUAGACUUUCAGACACGGUUCAAAACAGUACUCCCUCCGUCCGAAAAAGAUUGUCCCAAGCUUGUUCCUCAAAUGAAUGUAUCUGACACUAACUUGGUGCUAGAUAUAUCCAUUUGAAGGACAAACUUUUUCGGACACAGAAGUACAAAGGAAACUGUCUGAACGUCUUAUAAAAACAAACGGAGGAAGUACUAGUCAAUUGUAAACGUUAUCAAUUUGAAAAUCUUUCAUGAAUCAUGCUUGAGCACGAA